GCUUCGGCUGGGAUGGAGCGAGCAUCCCCUUGAGCCCGCGGGUUCCCGAGUAGCUUGGCGCAGGUAGUUAGUAGCUCGGGGAGAUUGGUGGCAAAGGCGGCCGACCCUACAAUGGCCACAGCUGGCAGGAUCAGUUUUACGGUGAGAAGCAUUUUGGAUUUACCGGAGCAGGACGCUAACAGCAGCGGCAAGCAGGACUCGGAUCGCCGCCCGUCGGGGAAGUAUGCCAGCUCGCCGUACGGGGAAUGGAUCGAAAGCGACAGAAACCACUAUCUGUCUUCCGAUGAGAGCGGUCCAGAAACGAGUUUACCCGAUUCCACCCAGAGAUCGCACCCGCCCCACGGCCCGGAAGCCGAGAAAAAGAAAAAGAGGCGAGUGCUCUUCUCCAAGGCGCAGACCCUGGAGCUGGAGAGGCGGUUCCGGCAGCAGAGGUACCUCUCGGCCCCGGAACGGGAGCAGCUGGCCCAUUUGCUCAGCCUGACCCCCACGCAAGUAAAGAUCUGGUUCCAGAACCACAGGUACAAAAUGAAAAGGGCUAAAGCGGAGGGGUCCUGCGGCACCGAACUCAGCCAGCCCCCUCUGCUCCGGAGAGUCGUGGUGCCAGUGCUGGUCAGGGAUGGCAAACCGUGCCAGACCUGUACCACCAGCCCGGGAGCGGCCGCGGCGCAGGACAAGCUGGGCUGCCACACACAAACUGCUUUCACAAUCCAAGGGUACCAAGCCUUCCAUCCCAGCUCCGCCGCUGCCCUGAGCCUCUGCCCUGCCUACCAGCGCUUAGCACACCCUGCAAUAGUCUCCUGGAACUGGUGAUGCUGCCUAACCUUCCUGAGCUGAACUGAGAACAAACAAACAAACCAAUCAAAAAUCAAGCGAAUUCGUUGCCCCACGCUCCUACAUCAAGAAUCUGGGAUGAAACUACAGGUGGAUCCACAAGGGAGGCGAAUCCACAUCAGUGUAGACUGGUAUUCGGGACGCAACCGAGGGCUGUUUUGUUUUAUUCAAGCACUGCAUGGCUAGUCAGGGAUGUGUUUUGUUUUCCUUUGGGGGCAUCCGUUUUAGAGGAUGGAUGAGAGAACAAUUAUAUUUUUAAAUCC